AUGGACGCCUCCUCAAUAGCCGAAGUGAAUCUCCGUCGCUUAUUGGCAUCAACUACACAUUCAACCAAUUCAAGUGAAAUGGACGCAAUCACAAUCAUCAAGACCCAAAAGAAUCUACAAUAUGCACGACAAUUGGUGGAAGUGAUUGCAGCCAACAAGUCAAAGGGAUACGAGGAUCCAUUGCUACGUGACGCCAUUCGAACGUUAGACCAACUCGAGGCUGCGUAUUGUGUAGAUCAAUUACCACUACGGGAGCAAGUCAAUAUCGCUUUUCGAAGAGGUGUAGAUCCUCCUAAAGGCUGGCAACCUUCGCUCAAGACUCCUUCAGACGCGGGCCCUUUGACGGCUUCCAAGUCGAGCAGGAGUACUGAUCAACAUUUGCGUAGUGAACUAUUAGGCACAUCAAAUGAAUUGAGGAAACGAGGGCCACCUACUACGCCAACUACAACAACGACGACAUCAUCAUCACCAUCACCAGACGCAGAACUUGAAACUGUCUUACAACAUCAUCGAGGUCUUCAAGACCAAUUAUCUGAAGAAUUAGCACGCAUGGCAUCCCAGCUAAAAAUGAAUAGUCUGGCUUUGGGUACAAUUUUGAAACAGGAUGCAAAAGUUUUGGACGAAGCAUCAGGACGACUCGAGACAACAGUGACACGAGUCAAAACAGAAGGAACAAGACUGGGGAGGCUCACUGCUAGCACGAGUGGUACAUUUUGUCUCACAUUGGCAGUCGUUGCCAUAGUGUUUCUGGUGUUUAUGUGGACCUUCUUCUUCAUGUUCUUUUUCAAAAAACGUGCUUGA